CACAGCCUCACACUCGCACUCACACAGAGAGAAGCAGCAACCAGGGCAGCUAAUCGACCAAGGCUAGCACAUCGUGCCCGGUUCCGGCGGGAGGAGGAUCGAUGGCGUUCAUGCGGUACCGUGCGCUGCCGCAGGGAGAGGUGACGGCGGAGGAGUUCUGGGCGUGGCUGGGGCAGUUCGACGCGGACCACGACGGCCGGAUCAGCCGGGAGGAGCUGCAGCGCGCCCUGCGGAGCCUCAACCUGUGGUUCGCGUCCUGGAAGGCGCGGGAAGGGGUGCAGGCCGCGGACGCCAACCGCGACGGCGCCGUCGGCAGGGAGGAGGCCGGCCGGCUCUUCGCCUACGCGCAGAGGCAGCUCGGCGGCAAGAUCACCCAACUCGGCUCCUACUGAUCAAGCUGCGAAUGAUGUGGAGUAUGAGAUGGAUGUUUGUGUUUUCGGAGUUCUCGGGAGUGGCUGUAACUCUAAAGUAAUGAACUGGUGCCUCGUGACUAAGUGGGCGUGAAAAAUUCUAACCGGCCAGGGUGGCCUUUGGUUAGAUAUAUUCAGACAAAAGUACAUGGAUGAAGAAGGGGUGGAAUUUAGGAGGAACACUAAACUGUCACAAUU